AAUGUUACAAUUAAUUGCAAUGAAACAGACAAAAAUAAAAAUGAAAAUCGUUUCAACAAUGAAUCUAAACGUACGAUUUUUGACGAUAUGGAUUUAUUUGAAGCCAGACAAGAGAGUAACAUAGCAAAUUUUGUGAAAUCGGAAGGAACAAUUAUAAAAAGCAUUGAAAGAAUAGAGUCUGUUGCUGAUGGUGUGAAAGAGAAUAGUAAUGAAUAUUACGUGUAUGAAAUAUCUGCAGAAAAACCUCCAUUUAAAUCGCGAAACGACGAUGAAGAGCAAGUUUAUUACGCACCAGUGUAUAAUUAUGCACCAGAAUUCGCUUACUACGACCCUCACAACCGUUUCGGACCUAAUACCGAUGACUUAUCUAAAGAUUCAUACGAAAAACCACGCAACAAAAACGAAAGAAGAAAUAAAAUAAAGAAUCAAGGAAACAAUUAUGACAAUAGAGACAAAUUUAACAAUAUAUUCAAUAUUUUGAAGCAACAUAAAUAUAAUAAUGUUGUAGAUCCUCAGACUAGUGUACAAAACAGUGCGAUUUUCAACCCUAAUGAUUAUAUAGAUAUGGACUACUUUUUUGGAAGAAAUGAUGACGCAAAUCUUAGAAGUAAACAUAAAAAUGGAAAAGCAAAAUAUUAUUUCCCUGAUACUGAUGAAGACGACCAUCCCUAUCAAAGUAUGAAGAACAGUCUACAAGAACAUAUAAGAACUAUUAGAAAACUUUUAUAUGCACAUAAGCAAUUUGGGUAUAUACCUGAACGACCUAAAUUAUCUAAUAAAGACGAGACAAGACUUCGCAGUAGACUAAAACUUUCUGAUGCUAAUGACUUUGGACAAAAUAAAGAUGACAUAACAAUAGAUUAUUAUUUUGGUAGAAAAAAUUCACAUGAAGUUGAUUCUGAACACAAUAAGUUGUUUAAAUUACACUUGGCACAGUUGAAAGAAGGUUCUGUUACUCCAAAACCUGUUAAAGAAAAGAGAUUAGAUCUAAAAGAAAUAAAUGAAAAAGACGAUUUUGAUGUUUAUGUUAAUGUAUUAAGAGAUAUGAUUGAAAUGGACAAUGAAGCGUUAAUCAAAUAUGAUUGGUUGAGAUCGGCUGUUGAUAUUAGAACAGCGUUAAGCAAAUUAAAGAAUUUAACCAAGAAAUUAAAAAACAACGAUCACAUACACCCAAAUGAUUUAGAGUUAUUAAAAUACGUGAUCUACCUAUACAAGUCAGCGAACGAAUCACACCAAUUGACGCUCAGUGUAGAACUAUUGAAGACAAUAACACAAUUGAGAAAGAAUAAAAAGAAGAGUGUGAUGCCGCAAAUAAAGAAGAAACAGAAGUUUCGUUCGGCAAUCAAGUUGUGGAGGGACUUCAGAACGUUUUUGAGGAGCUUGAUCAAUGGGGAGAGAGAUAAAAGGGAUACGGUGGGACAAUUUGAGAGGUUUUUGACUGAUUUGGAGGAUCAUUUGUAUGGGUUACACAACGCCAUAAAAAGCAUAGCUUCCAUAACGAAAUUCAAGAAACAGAACUGGUAUGCUGAUCUCAAAGAGAUUUACUUGAAAAACGCAACCAAAAGGGAACUUUUAGAAGUAAUACUACACUUGGGUUUAUCUAGACUCCUGGCUUUGAUAGAAGAUAGUUCAGAAAGUGGUUUGGAAGAAAAUUUCUCUAAUUUUGUUUACAAUAAUGGAAAAGAAGUUAAUGUAACAAGACAAGAUUUUAUAUUUGUGUUGAGAUUGUUAAAUGCCAUUAAGGAAAUAAAUUAAUUUAUGUUUG